GCUGGCGUCUUAGCCUCGCUGCGGCCGCCCGGGGACGCUAAAGCCCGGCGUUUCCUGGCAGCGCAAAUGUCCGUUUGUAAAACAGCAGGGCUGGAGUCUGCAGGAUUAAGGAAGCCUGGGAGGCGCAGAAUUUCCAGCGUUUUCACCUUAGAGCCAGCCUCGCCAGGGCCAAACCACCCAGUAGCCUGACUGCCAGCAGCCUCGGCAGGGAGGAAUAAAAUUUUUUCAUCUAUAAUUCAGAAGCUAAGUAAAUAACAAAAUGAAGCCAGUAAAGCAUCUGUUGGCAUCUAGUAGUAAAUUGGCAAAUGUUCCAGAAUUAACAUAUAAAAAAGGAGUAUUUAAUUCACCAUUGUCGCCUAAACCAAAAGAAAAACAUAGUACAAAAUUAGUACGUGAUAAACUUGAACCAGUGGUCUUAAGAUCUCCACCAACAGGGGAAUCCAUCAUAAGGUAUGCUUUGCCCAUUCCAUCAAGUAAGACAAAGGAGUUAAUAGCAGAAGAUGAAUUGAUCAGGAAAAUUACCAAACAUCUGAAGAUGGUUGUUUCUACUUUGGAAGAAACCUAUGGAUUUAGCAUUCCAGAUGGAGAAGAACCAGUUGUGAAGCCUGUACAUGAAGGAUUAACCUUUCCUGUUGGGGAUGAUCUGAAUUCAUUCUUGGUAUGUUGUUCACAAUUUGCAGCUCAGUUAGAAGCAGCAGCUAAGGAAGAACGUAAUAUUUUGGAAUCUCUUUUUAAGUGGUUUCAGCGACAGGUCAAUCAGAUGGAAGAGAUAAGUAAAGAUCAAACUUUUUCAGCAGAGUUUCCAGCACCUGAUAAAACAGUCAGUUUAAGCAUUGCACAAAUAGUAAAGCAGGUGCACAAACUUGAAGAACUGAAAAAUCGCCUUAAAGAAGGGUCUAAAUUCUCCUUCAAAGACAUGUCAUCUAAACCCAAGGAUAGUGAAAUUCCACCAGAAGAAGUGCAAACUUAUGAAGCUGUACAGCAGAAAAUUGAAGAAUUCAUAAAAACACACUCAACUGAAGAAAUUACAGGUGUUUCUGCUACUGAGCCACUAGAAACUUCUACAAUGACUAAUCGAUUGAAUACCAUGUUGAAAAUAUUUGAAAAUCAGGCAAAUAAAUUAGAGAGGGCUAUGAAUGAGCAAGUUUUGUUAGAGGCUAAAAACACACAGAUUCAAAGUGACCUCCAAGUGUUGUCAGAGGAGAAACUGAUGCUGGAAAAUGAACUACAAAAGUUGAAGAGUACAGAGAAAACAAAGGCUACAAGUGAGCGACGAAAGAAAACUAUGAAAAUGGAGAAGAAAAAAGACGAAGGAAUAUCUGAAGAUUCAGAAGAGAAGAAGUCUAUAGUGAAAGAGCUUAAAGUAAAAGAAGAUAUGCCUCAAGUCCAGAAAGUAACACAUGCCCUGAAAAUUGAGAACCGAGUUCUUCGGGAACAACUGAAACAAGCUUUACAGGAAGCUGAAAGAGCUAAGGAGCAACUUGGCUAUUUCCAAAAUCAAGAAAUGGAGUUACUUAAAAGUGAGGGAAAGACCAAGACAACAGAAAUGGGUAUUGAUAAAAUAGAAGUUAAAGGUGAAGAUUCAAAAUAUAUACCAUUGGAGAAAGACACAAGAAAAACACUAGUGGCAGAUUCAGGUGGACAAAAAAAAAAUGAUAAAAUUAAACAUCCACAGAUCCUCAAGUCUCAAGAUGGAUCACCUUUUUUAAACACUUCAAAUGAAGUUUUAACUGAUGAAGAUCUGUCCUAUCUACUUUCGUCAAAGACCCAUGAUAAAUCACUUACAAGAAUAUUAUUGAGCAAAGAAAUUCAAGAUUCACAGUCUGUUGGAACAUUGCUUCAAGGGAAUGAAACAGUGACAGCAUCAUUCAUUUCACCCCCUGUUGUUAAAAUAAAGACUCUGGGUACUGACAUCUCAAAGGCUGAUAUUUUAGAAGAGAAUUUACGAAGUAAGAUUAAAAAACAAACUUACGAAGAAGCAAGAGAAUUUCAAGAUGUGGAACCCGCAGAUACAGAGGGCCAGCUGUACUUAGAGAAAUAUCAUUCCUCCUGUACUCCCCAGUCCUCCUGUCACCCCCUUGACGCUCCUGAUAAAGAAUCAGAUGAAAAUCUUCUGCUUGAGAAUGAAGCAGUGCCAAAAACUAACACACAAAUGUUGAAACUAAGAACUUCUAGAACAAAUAGACGCAAUGCAUUUCUUAUAACUCAGCCAAAGGAUAUGCUGUCUAUUCAAGAUCAAUUGCCUGAGGACAUAGCUUUAAUUUUAAAAGGCCAGUCUCAAAUUAAUGAUGGAGCUACAGGAAGUGACAGUUUUGAUAGUUAUGAUGAAGCAUCAGAUGAAAAGCUUAUGCUUAACCAUCAGGAUUCAGUGUCAAAAACCCAAACACAAGUAAAGAAACAAAGAACUCUCAAAAGGGAAAGACUCUCUGCUCAUGAUAUAGUACCAGAUAAAAAGCUUAUGCAUGAGAAUCAAGGUUCAGUGUCAAAAAUCCAACAGCAAGUAAAGAAAGAAAGAAAUCUCAGAAGGGAAGGACACACUACUCAGUUUGAAGUACCAGAUGGAAAUCUUCGCUAUGAGGAUCAAGACUCAAUAUCAAAAACAAAAAUGCAAGUAAAUACACAAAGAACAUUCAAAGCUCAUCAUAAAGUACCAGAUGAAAAUCCUGUGCUUGAGCAUGGAGACUCAAUGUCAGAAACUCAACUGGAAGUAAAGAAACAAAGACCUUCUAAAGGAGAAAGACUCAAUACUCAUGAUAAAGCAUCAGAUGAAAAUCUUAUGCGUGAGCAUCAAGAACCAAUGUCAAAAACCCAAAUGCAACUAAAGAAACAAAGAGAGAAAAGACAAACUCAGGAUGAAGUACCAGAUGGAAAUCAUAUGCUUGAGCAUCAAGAUUCAGUGUCAGAAUCAGAGAUUCGAGUGAAGAAACAAAGCCCUCACAAAGGGGAAAGACAUAUUACUCAUGAUGAUGCACCAGACAAAAAUCCUAUGCUUAAAGAUCAAGAGUCAGUGUCAAAACUCCCCAUGCAAGUACAAAAACAAAUAACUUCCAGAGGAGGACAACACAGUAGUCAUAUUGGAGUACUGGGUGAAAAUCUUAUGCUUGUAAAUCAAGAUUCAGUGUCAAAACCCCAAAUGCAAGUAGAGAAACAAAUACCUUACAGAAAGGAGAGGAGUCAUAGUUAUUAUGGAGUACCAGAUAAAAAUCCUGUGCUUGUGAAACAAGUUUCAGUUUCAAAACCCCAAAUGCAAGUAAAGAAACAAAUAACUUCCAGAGAGGAGAGACGCAAUACAUUUCCUCUUCAAAACGAGAAAAACGAUACGAUAACACUUGAAAAUCUACCUCCUGAGAAGAAAGGUUUAUUUUCAAGAAACCAGUCUCAAACUAAGAACCUUAGAGCUAUCAGACAGGAGAAUCUUGAUACUCAGAAAGCAGAAGACGUGUUACCCGAGGAUGAAGUUGAAUUGUCAAAAAGCCAAUCUCAAACUAAGAAACUUAGAGCUGUCAGAAUGAAAGCACUAAAUAUUAAAAAUGAAGCAGCCUCAGAACAUCCAGAUACAGCAGAAAAUCUUCCAGCAGUGAAUCCAUCAGUUAAUGACCUAAUAUUUCAAUUAGGUUUAAACAAAGUGGUAGAAAUUGAUCUAGAACACUUGAAAGAUACUGUUGGAAGACGUUUAUUAAUGGCAGAAAUGAAGAUACAACCAAAGAGUGUCCCUGACACUGAUACAGAGAGCUUUCCAGAUGCUAUUGGAAGAGGUAUAAUAAAGGGUGAAAUCAAGACACAAUCCAAGAGUCAUCCUGAGACUGGUAUAGAACGCAUGAGAGAUACUGUUGGAAGAGAAAAAGCAGUUGGUGAAAUCAAGACACAUCAUCAGAGUCACCCUGAGACUGAUACAGAACGCUUCCCAAAUGUUGUUGGAAGAAGUAUUAUGAAGGGUGAAUUCAAGACACAACCCAAGAGUCGUCUUGGGACUAAUGUAGAAGGCUUGACAGAUAAAACUAGAAGAGGUGUAAUAAAGGGACAAUUCAAGAUACAAUCAAUGAAUCUCCCUGACACUGAUACAGAGCGCUUCCCAGAUGCUGCUGGAAAAGGUAUAAUAAAAGGUGAAAUCAAGACACAAUCCAAGAGUUAUCCUGAGACUGAUACAGAACGCAUGACAGAUACUGUUGGAAGAGAAAAAGCAGUUGGUGAAAUCAAGACACAUCAUCAGAGUCACCCUGGUAUGAGUUUAUUUAAAAACAAAAAUGCAUUCUCACAUCAAGAAGAUUUCUACGCCAGGCACAUUGCACCAAGUAAAUAUAAAACAAAAGUGAUUAAUUUAUCACCCUUUGAUGAUGAAGUCCCAGGCAAGGUCAAUAGAAGGAGUCAGCAUGAGGGGCAUCGAAAAAAUUUGACCUUAAACAAAAAGAAAGGGGAACUUGAUACUCUGCCUGCUGUGAUCGCUACAGCUAGAAAACCUAUCUAUAAAGUGCCAUAUACUGCUACCCGAAAAUCUCUACCCCGCCCAUACUUUUGAGAAUAAAUUAAUUCUGGGCAAAAUAAAUAACAUGAGCAAAUUCGUCGAGACAGCAAUGAAAUUGCAAGAGUGGAAGCCUUAUGAAAAUAACACUGCCUUGAGUGGAUGCUGCUUAUUGAACAAUAAUGAGAAAGAUCCUGAAUAAACAGGGUAGACCCAGAUCAUGGAGGUAGUAAAAAAGAAGUACAACUUACAUGGCAAGAAGAAAUCAUCAAUUGAGUGCGCAUAAAGUAUCAGUCAAGAGAAAAUAAAUGGAGGAAUUCUUCACUAAUUACUGAUUAUUCUCUGAAACUAUGAAAGGUCCCAGAGAACUCUUCUUUACCAUGUGGAACAAAUUUGAAGCUAAGAUAAAAGCCUCUGUUGCUGAUGUUAAGAAAGGAGAUCUCUGUUGAAGUUCCAACUUGCUUCUAUUCACUCAUGUCCCUGUAAUGCCUUCUGGAGUACAGGCUACCAAUUCUGAAUAUACGUGUAUACUGGGGUUGAACAAAUAAAUACAGGAAUGAU